UUCUUUUCUUUUUUUUUUUUUUUUUUAAUUACGAAGACUGUUGCUGACCCCUUUUUGGCAGCUCCGAAAAUAAAGCGAGGCGUCUCGGCAUCGCCCUAGCGAUGGUCCCUGGCUCCUGGAGAACACGGACAGCGUCUCGGAAGCUCCUUUGCUCCCCGGCCCCGGCGCCCCCCACUCCGCGGGGCCCCCCGGCUCCGCGGGAAGGCAAGUUCCAUCCGGGCUGCCCGGGGCGGCUGUGACCACAAGAUUCAUCAGGCUGGUGGCUGUGGCCAGCGUUGUCAUCGUUCUCCCUCAGCGUGGUCGGAAAACUGUGCCCAAGGCAUCCAAAUUCGGGAGUUGCCUCGAUCUAGCAGAGGCGACAGGAGGCGGCGGCGGCGAGAGCCAAGCGUCGGAGGCGAGUGCCCGUCUCUCAAGUCACAACCCCGCAGCAUUUGCGCUCAGCCUGGCCCCGUGAAAACAAACCCGCUACCAGCCCGUAUAUUUCCUGGUAAUCGAAAAUACUCACCAGAGCCAGCCUACUACGGUUAUUAAGCAAAUUAUGGCAGCAGACGGGAGUAUCGUUUGCAAGCUAAGGCACAGGAUUUGGGUUUUUUUUUAAAGAGGCAACAGCCAGACGCGUUUUCAGACUCGGGAUUUGGCUCGCCCAGAGAAGUACUCCUAGGGUUAUGUUUUACGGUCCAAUCCCUGGAAGCCAGCUGAAGAGGGAAGUCAUGAAGCACAAGGGCUGCUGCCUAUGUGACUCUUCCCCUAGAAGCAAGGUUGCUGAGGAAGAUCCUGUUAAACAAUGGCUCAGCACCGGCGGCCAAUUGUUCUCCGUACUGUACACCCGAUAGCCACCGAAAACGGAAAAAAAAAAAAAAAUAAAAAGGAGGAAAAAAGGGGAAAAAAAGAAAAAACGCAAAGAAAGAAAGAUAAGAAACAAACAAGGGAAAAAAAAAAAAAAAAAGGAAAGAAAGAAAAAACCCCACACGGGAAGAAAAAGGAGCCCAUCGAGACUAGGUCGGGAAGAAGAAACUAGUUUUAGAGGAAGUGCCAUUUUUUCCUAGGAAGAAAAAAUCAAGACACUGCUUCAGAGUCCAGUCUGGGUGCAACUUCUUAUGCGGGGGCCUGGCUGUGUCAAAACUUUGAAGAUUAAUGGAUUACUUUGUUAAUGACUCAAGGCGUCAGAUUGAGGUGCUUAAAUGAUUUGUGAGGUGCAAAGCGUUUUCCUGACAGUCCCAAACAAUGAGAGAAGAGUGUGCGGGUGGAGGCGAGGGAGGCAGCAGGCUGCAGGACAAGCAGACACACACACACACUCACACACACACUCGCAGCCUCUCACACAAACAUAUCCACGCACAUGCACCCUCCCCCCACUCCCCGAUCAUUUCAGAUUAGGACGCCAAGGGGAUAGAUACUCGAGAUAUCAUUUCCCUCUUUAAAAAAAGUGUAAAUAAAUCCUUUCUGGCCCCCAAUGAGGCGUUCCUUCCCGACUUUUUUGGAUCAAUCAAACAGACAGUGGCUUCUUUUGAUUAAAGCCCAAAUUGUCAUUGGGCAGAGGCAAUCAUGUGACAGCCAAUUCGGUCCAAUUUCAACCUUGUCUCCAUGAAUUCAAUAGUUUAAUAGUAGCACGGUCCCCAUACGGCUGUAAUCAGUGAAUUAGAAAAAAAACACCCCACCAGCGAUCUUCUAUGCUAUAUUUUUUUCUCCUCUCUCUCCUUUUUCCUGGGCCUUCCCCCCCCCGAGCCCCCUGAAUCCGAGCGAACUUUUUCUCCGCGGGGGCUGCCAGUUGAAGGCCAUGAAUUUCGCAUUUGAGCGAGAGAUCGGUUUUAUCAAUAGCCAGCCAUCGCUUGCUGAGUGCCUGACAUCUUUUCCCCCUGUCGGUGAUACAUUUCAAAGUUCAUCAAUCAAGAACUCGACGCUUUCACACUCGACACUGAUUCCUCCUCCUUUCGAGCAGACCAUCCCCAGCCUGAACCCCGGCAGCCACCCUCGCCACAGCGGCGGCGGUCGCCCCAAGGCGAGCCCCCGCGGCCGCAGCGGCAGCCCGGGCCCCGUCGGCGCCCCGCCGCAGCCGGAGUACCCCUGGAUGAAAGAGAAAAAGGCGUCCAAGCGAUCCUCGCUGCCGCCCGCCUCGGCCUCCGCCUCAGCCGCCGGACCUGCCUGCCUCAGCCACAAAGACCCCCUUGAAAUCCCCGAUAGCGGUAGCGGUGGAUCUAGGCGGCUGAGGACGGCUUACACCAACACCCAGCUUUUGGAGCUAGAGAAAGAAUUUCAUUUCAACAAGUACCUCUGUAGACCAAGGAGGGUUGAGAUUGCAGCCUUGCUGGAUCUGACUGAGAGACAAGUCAAAGUCUGGUUCCAGAACAGGAGGAUGAAGCACAAGAGACAGACCCAGUGCAAGGAGAACCAGAACAGCGAUGGGAAAUUUAAGACCCUAGAGGACCCCGAGAAAACGGCGGAGGAGGAGGAGGAAGAGAAAUCCCUCUUCGAGCAAGCCCUCAGCAACGUCUCCGGUGCUCUCUUGGAGAGGGAAGGCUACGUUUUCCAGCAGAAUGCCCUCUCCCAGCAGCAGGCACAGAAUGCGCACAAUGGCGAGUCCCAAACUUUCCCCGUUUCGCCUUUAACGAGCAAUGAGAAAAAUCUGAAACAUUUUCAACAUCAGUCACCCACUGUUCAAAACUGCCUCUCAACAAUGGCCCAGAACUGUGCAGCUGGCCUGAACAAUGACAGUCCUGAGGCCCUAGAUGUCACUUCUUUACAGGACUUUAACGUUUUCUCCACAGAUUCCUGCCUACAGCUUUCAGAUGCAGUUUCCCCCAGUUUGCCAGGAUCUCUCGACAGUCCCGUAGAUAUUUCUGCUGACAGUUUUGACUUUUUUACAGACACACUCACUACGAUUGACUUGCAACAUCUGAAUUACUGAGAAAUUAAAGACGUCCUCUCCAAGGGUCCUUUCUCCUCCUUCUUCUUCUUCUUUACUUUUCCCCCGUUAAUUAAUUUUAUUUUAUUUCCCCCCCUUUCCUUUUUCUGGUCAGUAUUUUCUGUUUUUUACCUCUCUCUGCUAUGCCAUUUUGCCGUUUCUUACGAAGUUUUAGUUGCGUUCGUUUCUAACCUAGCCACAUUCUAGGUCCUUCUAUGAAAGCAAUAUAUGAGGUCUGUAAGAAAGUGAUCAGAUAGGAAUUGUAUCUUCACUUUCUUUUUAUUUUUGUAUUGCAUUAGGAUGCAUUGUCAUAAGUAUUUUUGGUAGAAUAAAUUCUUGUUUGCUACAAGGAGCUUCCUCUUUUUUCUUUCUCCUCCAUCUUUCUCUCUCCUUUCACGACUGAUAACAUGAAGGUUAUUCCUUCUCAACCCUUGUACUAUUAAUUUACUAAUAAUCAAAAUUCAGCAUUCUGACUGGGAGCUCUCCCUUUUUGCCAAUUUAGGACAUUUAUUAGAGAGGGAAAAUAGGUUCACAUUCUUUAUUGCAAGGGUUUUCACGCGGA